AUGGAAGACAAUUAUAGAGAAAAUGCAUUUGAUUUUAGAAAUAUAUUUCCCCAAUGUCGUUAUGAUUUUAAUGGGUUGGAAUAUGGAACAUUGAGGAAACCAUGGUUAAAUUAUUGUUCACCGACAUGUAAUGAUUUUCAACAUAGAAUAAAUGUUUCUAAUGGUGUUAGCGUUAUCUUUCAAACACCUUGUAUCUUACUCUGUAUGUAUUUAAAAUAUAUACAGAUCCAUGAAUCUAGUUCUUAUUUUAAAGUAAAAGCAAGUUGCAAAUAUUUCUAUUACAAAUUAAAGGAGCUAAUGAAAAAUUAUGGGGGUAAUUGCAAAUCAACAAAAGAUUGUUAUGAAAAAAUGAGAGUAAAAAGAGAGCUCGUAACUAGAAUGACUGUACCAGAUGUAUGCGUACGACACCUUAAUGAUAUUGAUGAUAUUGAUGAUGAUACAUAUCAUAAAUUUCAGUAUUUACAAAAGCUAUAUGAUAUUCAAGACAAAUUUACACAUCCACGCGUUAGCUGUCAUAUUGUUAAGAGAACUAUUAAAGAUUAUGAAAAUCAUUACAAAGUGUAUAAUAAUGUAAAUAACAACCAAAGUUUUAAGGAAGAAUUUGAAAAAGUUCAUCCUCAGUACAAUGAUUAUCGCCAGAAAAGGUCUGAAUGUUUUUCUUCACCAGAACGCUUAUAUUCCUCUUCAGAAGCAGGUGCAAGCACAUUUACUGGUAUAGGUGUUUUAACCAUAGCAAUUUCAAUAAUUAUUUUUAUUUUAUUUAAGUAUACAAGUUAUGGCUCAUUUUUACAACUAAUUGUAAGAAAACUAAGGAGAAGGAUGAAGAAAAAAUAUGAGCAUAAUUCAUAUUUAAAGGAUACAUUUGAUAGAGCAUACCCAAAUUCAAAUCAGCGAAACUGUAGAAUAACAUAUUAUUUAGAAGACUAG